AAAAAAAAAAAAAAAAAAAGAGGGUGAGAAAAUAUUUUUUUAAAUAUAUUUAUGCAAAUUUCGUUUUAUUUUAUUUUUUUGAUUUCUCUGCAAAAAUACCUCGAAAACUCUCGCUCACUUUUUUUUCUUUUUUUUUUUUUUCCCCGCUAUCGUUCUCUCUCUCUGAAAAGAAACCCUAACUUUCUUUCUCUCUCUAAAAAAUUUUCAUCUCUCUCGCAUCUAUUCGUGGGUUUUCAGGGUUUCAAUGGUGUGAAAUUAGGGCUGGAGGUGUGAGAUUUUGAAGGAUCUAGACUGAGAGACAGGAAAGGAAGGAGAGGAGCAAUGGCGUCCUCGGAUAAAGAGCUCGAAGCGCAGUUAUUAGAAGCUGGGAAUAAGCUUGUGGACCCUCCGUCCUCUAUCGAUGAACUUCUCCCUCUUCUCGACAAAGUUGAGAAUUGUCUAUCAAGGGUAGAACAGUCGCCUACUAAAUCGAUGCAAAAUGCACUUUCUCCGUCAUUGAAAGCGUUGGUUGCUGACCAGCUUUUAAGACAUACAAAUGUUGAUGUCAAAGUUGCAGUAGCAUCUUGCAUCAGUGAGAUAACCAGAAUAACUGCACCGGAUGCUCCUUAUGAUGAUGACCAGAUGAAGGAGGUCUUUCAGCUAAUUGUAUCUUCAUUUGAAAACCUUUCUGACAAGUCCAGCCGAUCAUAUGCAAAGAGGACCUCAAUUCUUGAAACUGUAGCAAAGGUCAGGUCAUGCGUGGUGAUGUUAGAUCUUGAAUGUGAUGCACUGAUCCUGGAGAUGUUUGAGCAUUUCCUUGCUACGAUUAGGGAUUAUCAUCCAGAGAAUGUCUUUUCAUCAAUGGAAACGAUUAUGACCCUUGUUCUUGAAGAAAGUGAAGAUAUCCCACCAGAUCUGCUUGCACCUAUAUUAGCUAGUGUGAAAAAGAACAAUGAGGAAGUUUUACCCAUUUCUCGCAAGUUAGGGGAGAGAGUACUUGAAAGCUGUGCUACCAAGCUUAAGCCUUACCUGGCGCAAGCUGUAAAAACCCUAGAGAUUUCAUUAGAUGAUUACAGUAAAAUCGUAACUUCUAUUUGCGAAGAUGCAUCUGAUGAUGCUGAGCAGAAUGACGUUCAUGCUUCUGAUGAGCAUAUGGAUGAUGAAAACAAGUCAGUAAAGACAACUUUGGGUGAGGGACCCCAGGAGGAUAAAGAGAGAGCUACUGAAACCACAUCUUUGGAACAAGUUGAUCCUGCUGUUGACAAGUCUCUCAAGCCUGUUGUAAGUAAUGGUGUUGCUCAGACUGGGGAAGGUGAUUCUUUGGUUGCUUCAAACUCCAUAAAGAAUCAAGAGCAUGAUCAAGUUAUUGAGAAUUCAAAAGAUUUGAUUACAUCAAGCAACACUGAACCUGAUGGUUUGGAUGCUGAGAAAGAAGCCAAUACAGAAGAAAAGCCAGAGCAAACUACAAAGAAGAGAGGAAAGAAAACUAGUUCAUCGGUGAAAUCUACAGAACCUUCAGAAAGCCCGCGAGCUGAUGAUGAGAAGGAAAAUGAGAAACUACCUGAUCAGAGAAAUCAGAGUGAGGACAUUGCUGGUUCGCCUAGUGUGGGGCCAUCUGUUGAUGCAGCAGUACAUUCAGAAACUAAUAAAAGUUCUGAUGUUAGGCCUUCCUCACCAAAAGCAUUAGAGAAUGACUCUGCUAAUGUUGCUCCUGCAUCCCCAAGUGAGAGUCUUCCUGAUGAAAGUCGUUCCAGGAAGGCUGGACGACAAAAGAAGAAAGAUAAUUCAGAUAAAGAGGCUGUACCAGCUGCAGAUAAUGUUUCCCAGAAGGCAGAUGAGGUUCCCCAGAAGGUAGCUGAUGGAACAAGUGAUUCAGAGGUAAAGGCAAAUAGACGUACUGGAAAGAAGGUGUCUGCUAUUUUAGCUAAUGAGAACAGGACGUCGACUGUAGCAGAUGCAUCCAAAAAGGAAAGUGGAACCACGAGUGAUUCAGAGGCAAAACCAUUAAAGCAUUCAUCCAAGAAGGUAGAUGCAAGUAGUAAAAAUGAUGAUGGAUCCUCUCUCAAGCAGUCGGAGGAUAAGAAAAAGAGGAGUCGGGGAAAGGCUCUUUCUGAGAAGGAUGUAACAAAAGCUGCAGCUAAAGAUGAUGACAAAGAAAUACUUUCUUCUCCAAAAUCAGCAGCAAAAUCAAGUAAAGGUGAAAGUCACUUGGAGGAGACCCCUAAGACUAGUUCCAAGAGAAAGCGUCCUCCAGGCAAAGGAAAAGAGUCUGAAGCCAAAAAUUAUGGUGAAGAUUUAGUAGGUUCAAGUAUUAAAGUUUGGUGGCCAAAGGAUCAAAUGUUUUAUGAUGGUAUUGUCGAGUCGUUUGAUCCUGUAAAAAAGAAGCAUAAGGUGGCGUAUACAGAUGGUGAUGAAGAAACAUUGAAUCUUAAAAGAGAAAAGUGGGAGUUCAUUGAAGUGGAGUCGAGGUCAGAUGCGGAAGAAGAAAGUGAUCAAUCAAGUCCUGAUUCUUCCACUGAAUUGCCCCUGAAGAAGAAAGUGAAAAUAAAUACUGGAGAGUCAACUAGACAAGGAAAGUCUGAUGCUUCAACGAGAAGGGGUGGAGGAGCUUCCUCUAGCAAAUCCAAAGUAUCAGCUGCAAAAUCUGGUCGCAAGUCCAAAGAGGGGAAUAAAUUAGAUGGCAAAUCCAAAGAUGAUUCCUCCAAGUCUGGUACCAGAUUAGAGGAUGAGAUUGGUGGCAAAUCGAAGGAUCAGACGUCAAAAAGUGGUGGUGGUGGUGGUAAAUCAGCUAAUGUUGAUGCAAAAGGAUCCAGCAAGUCAAAGAGCGCAGAUACAAAGUUGUCCAAGACUGCUAAAUCGAAGAGUGAAACCAGCACUCCAUCCACCAAGUCAAAGCAAGAGAAGGCUGGGAAAUCGAAGCAAGGCACACCAAAGAACACGCCUGUUUCCAAAGGUAAAUCCCCCAGUGGUAAAUCUAAUGCUAAUGGUACCGGUAAGACAAAGUCUGGUUCAUCAAAACUGAAAGAGACUGAGGAUGUAAAUGAAAGCUCCACUGAUUCAGAGAGAGUGACUGAAAUUACAAAAGGGAAGCCAUCAAAUUCGUCAAAGGUGCAGGGAAGUGAGUCCAAGACAGGUAAGAAGCGACGGAGAGGUACAAAAAGUUGAAUCCGUCUUGUGCUCAUAGCCGUGAAACUGGUUUAGCGCUGCGAUUCAUAGUAAACACGCAUUGGUUAUUUGUCAUCAUCUUUGACAUGAUUCCCAGAUUGUGGCUAGCAUUGUUAUAUUCACCAAUUUAGUCUAGUUUAUAGUGUCUGUAGGGGUAAGUUAGCUUUCCUUUUAUAUUAAUGUUAUUUAUUAGAUCCGGAUCGAUGUUAUUUGGGAGGUAACAGUAGCUUUGUUAAACAGUUGCUUUGAUAGAUAAUGCUAUAGAUUCACAAACUUCUUAUCUGAA